CCUGAGGACACUGAGGGCGGUUCGAGUCCUGAGACCCUUAAAACUGGUGUCAGGGAUCCCAAGUCUUCAGGUUGUCCUGAAGUCCAUCAUGAAGGCCAUGGUCCCUCUGCUUCAGAUCGGUCUGCUGCUCUUCUUCGCCAUCGUCAUGUUCGCCAUCAUCGGCGUGGAGUUCUACAUGGGAAAGUUCCACACCACGUGUUUCAAGAUAGACACAGAUGAGAUCGCAGCAGACUGGCCCUGUGGUCUGGAGCCUCCGGCCAGGACGUGUCCUAACGGGACCCAGUGCAGAGAGUACUGGCCCGGACCCAACUUUGGCAUCACCAACUUUGACAACAUCCUGUUUGCGGUGCUCACCGUGUUCCAGUGCAUCACCAUGGAGGGCUGGGUGGAGAUCCUCUACAGCACCAAUGAUGUCGCAGGAAACACGUGGAACUGGCUCUACUUCAUCCCCCUCAUCAUCAUCGGCUCCUUCUUCAUGCUCAACCUGGUGCUCGGUGUCCUCUCAGGAGAAUUUGCCAAAGAACGCGAGCGUGUGGAGAAGAGGCAGGAGUUCCUGAAGCUCCGUAGGCAGCAGCAGAUAGAGCGAGAGCUCACAGGAUACUUGGAGUGGAUCUGUAAAGCAGAGGAGGUGUUGCUGGAGGAGGAGGAUGAGAUCGCAGAGGAGAAGUCCCCGCUGGACGGCGCCUGGUACAAGAGGAAACAAAACCUGCCAGUCCUGAAACGAGGCAAAUCAAAGAAAGGUAAAAACGACCUCAUCGGUGCCGAGGAGGGGGAGGAUCCUUUCGCCGACAUCUCCUCUGCCGCUCCCCCCGGCUCGCCGUUUGGUCGCGCCAGCGUGAAGAGCGGCGGCAAGUUGGACAGCUCCUCCUACUUCCGCCGCAAGGAGAAGAGGACGCGCUUCUUCAUCCGGCGCAUGGUGAAGGCCCAGAGCUUCUACUGGAUCGUCCUGUGUCUGGUCGGCCUGAACACGCUGUGCGUGGCCAUCGUUCACUACGACCAACCCGAGUGGCUCACGAGGGCGCUCUACACGGCAGAGUUUGUCUUCCUGGGUUUGUUCCUGACUGAAAUGAGUCUGAAGAUGUACGGACUCGGAGCGCGCAAUUAUUUCCAUUCCUCCUUCAACUGCUUUGAUUUCGGGGUGAUUGUGGGGAGUAUUUUCGAGGUGAUCUGGGACAUGAUUAAACCCGGAGCGUCGUUCGGCAUCAGCGUGUUGAGAGCGCUGCGGCUGCUGCGCAUAUUCAAAGUCACCAAAUACUGGAACUCGUUGAGGAACCUGGUGGUUUCCCUCCUGAACUCCAUGAAGUCCAUCAUCAGCCUGCUCUUCCUCCUCUUCCUCUUCAUCGUGGUCUUCGCUCUGCUCGGCAUGCAGCUGUUUGGAGGACAUUUCACGCCCAAGGAUUCAGGUUCUGGCAGGUUUAACUUUGAAGAGAAGACGCCCACAACAAACUUCGACACCUUCCCGGCGGCCAUUCUCACCGUGUUCCAGAUUCUGACCGGCGAGGACUGGAACGCCGUCAUGUACCACGGCAUCGAGUCUCAGGGAGGCGUCCGCCGCGGCAUGUUCUCCUCCAUCUACUUCAUCGUCCUCACUCUGUUUGGAAACUACACACUCCUCAACGUCUUCCUGGCCAUCGCCGUCGAUAACCUCGCCAACGCACAGGAGCUGACCAAGGAUGAAGAGGAGCAGGAGGAGGCAGCCAAUAAGAAGCUGGCGCUGCAGAAGGCUCUGGAGGUGAAGGAGGUCAGCCCCAUGUCGGCGGCUAACAUCUCAAUCACUGCUUUUGUAAAGCAAAAUCGAGACGCGAUCUCUCGCAGGUCGUCCAUCAACAGCAUUCAGUCACCGACAUACUAUACUGUCUCCUCGUCUCCCGUCCGACGAAUCUUGAGUAAGGAGCAGCGGGGAAGCAAAGCCAUGUCCGUGUGGGAGCAGAGGACCAAUCAGCUGAGGAGACACAACAUGAGGGCGAGCAGCGAGGCCCUGUUCAACGAGCUCGACCCUGAGGAACGCCUCCGCAUGACCUCCGCCCUCCACCUGCACCCCGACAUGAAGACCCACUUGGACCGGCCGCUGGUGGUGGAGUCCAGGAACGGCGACAAACAGGAGGUGGGAGAUGCCCGGCAGGACGGGGUGGGAGAUAACUUCCACACGCACUCCAGGAAACAUCACCGCCACCACAACAGAAACGGGGAGAGCAGAGAUGGAGGCGAGGGCAGGGGGGGGCGGCACCACGCCCACCACAGCAGGGGCAGAGAUCACAGCAGUGAUAGCGCCCCGGUGAAAGAGAGGAGGUACAGUCGAGACGGAGGAUUGGUGCACAGGCACCACCACCACCUGGCCGGAUCACCCGAGGAGGAGAACAAUGACCUGCAUGGAGGAGAACGGGGACAUCGCCAUCACCAUUACCAUCAUCCACCCAAAGAAGGGAACGGAAGGAUAGGGAACGGUGCACACGGAGAGUCCAAGAACAACGGAGACACGAAGGGACGCUGCUCUCGGAUACUCAGAACUCAGUCUACUCUGGACGGAGACGAUUGUAAGAGGAACAGAAACGGAGCCAGAGGCCACAGGGAGAAGCAGACGGAUGCUGAGGACAGCGGCCUCGCCUCCAGUCCUCUGCAGCUGAUGCACAGCAGCCUGAGUCUCGGGGAGAAGCAAGAGGACGAGGACAACCAGAAGAACUCCACCAGGGCCAGUCAGGCGGGACUGAACAGCAACGCCAUCCACAUCCCCGUCACCAUCACUGCACCUCCUGGAGAAACCACCAUCAUACCCAUGAACAGCAUCGACUGUGACAACUUCCAAAUCAGUGAGGAGAAGAAAGAUCUGGAGGACGAGGAGGCAGCUAAUGGGCCUCGACAGAUCCUUCCCUACAGCUCCAUGUUUGUCUUCGGACAAACCAACCCGGUGCGACGGCUGUGUCACUACGUGGUCAACCUGCGCUACUUUGAAAUGUGCAUCCUCAUGGUCAUCACCAUGAGCAGCAUCGCCCUGGCAGCCGAGGAUCCCGUGCAAGCCAACGCGCCGCGGAACAACGUUCUGAAGUAUCUGGAUUAUGUCUUCACGGGAGUCUUCACUUUUGAGAUGGUGAUCAAGAUGAUCGACUUAGGCCUCCUCCUCCAUCCUGGAUCUUAUUUCCGUGACCUGUGGAACAUUCUUGAUUUCAUCGUGGUCAGUGGAGCUCUGGUGGCCUUUGCGUGCUCGAGCCUGAUGGGAUCGCAACAAACUGUGGCCAGGGGGACGAAAGGCAAAGACAUCAACACCAUCAAGUCCCUGCGGGUCCUCCGAGUCCUGCGGCCGCUCAAGACCAUCAAACGACUGCCCAAGCUGAAGGCCGUGUUCGACUGUGUCGUGAACUCUCUGAAGAACGUCCUCAACAUCCUCAUCGUCUACAUCCUCUUCAUGUUCAUCUUCGCCGUCAUCGCCGUGCAGCUCUUCAAAGGCAAAUUCUUCUACUGCACCGACGAGUCCAAAGCUCUGGAGAAAGACUGCAGAGGACAGUUUCUGGACUACGACAGAGACAACGUGGAGGCUCAGCCCAGGGAGUGGAGGAAGUACGAUUUCCACUACGACAACGUUCUCUGGGCUUUUCUGACGCUCUUCACUGUUUCCACCGGAGAAGGCUGGCCCAUGGUCCUCAAACACUCUGUGGACGCGACGUACGAGGACCAGGGUCCCAGCCCGGGCUUCCGCAUGGAGACGUCCAUCUUCUACGUGGUCUACUUUGUCGUGUUCCCGUUCUUCUUCGUCAACAUCUUCGUGGCGUUGAUCAUCAUCACUUUCCAGGAGCAGGGAGACAAGGCCAUGUCGGAGUGCAGUCUGGAGAAGAACGAGAGAGCUUGUAUCGACUUUGCCAUCAACGCCAAACCCCUGACGAGAUACAUGCCAGAGAACAAGCUGUCGUACCAGUACAAGAUGUGGAAGUUUGUGGUGUCGCCUCCGUUUGAGUACGCCAUCAUGACGCUGAUCGCCCUCAACACGGUCGUGCUGAUGAUGAAGUUUUACGGAGCUCCAGACUUGUACGAGUCCAUGCUGAAAUACUUGAACAUCCUCUUCACGGCGCUCUUCACCCUGGAGUGCAUCCUCAAGAUCAUCGCCUUCGGUCCACUGAACUACCUGAAAGCAGCGUGGAACGUGUUUGACUUUGUGACUGUGCUCGGGAGCAUCACCGACAUCUUGGUCACAGAGAUUAAGACGGACAAAAUGAUCAACCUAAGUUUCCUGAGACUGUUCAGAGCAGCUCGUCUCAUCAAACUGCUGCGUCAGGGAUACACCAUCCGUAUCCUGCUGUGGACAUUUGUCCAGUCCUUUAAGGCUCUGCCGUACGUCUGCCUCCUCAUCGCCAUGCUCUUCUUCAUCUAUGCCAUCAUUGGCAUGCAGGUGUUUGGAAACAUCGAGCUGAACGAGGACACGUCCAUAAGCCACCACAACAACUUCCAGACCUUCUUCCAGGCCUUGACUCUUCUCUUCAGGAGUGCGACGGGCGAGGCGUGGCACGACAUCAUGCUGGCGUGUCUGAGUAACCGACCGUGUGAUAAGCUCUCGGGGAGCGUGGGCAAGGAGUGCGGGAGUGACUUUGCCUACUUCUACUUUGUCUCCUUCAUCUUCCUCUGCUCCUUCCUGAUGUUGAACCUCUUUGUCGCCGUCAUCAUGGACAACUUUGAGUAUCUGACCAGAGACGCCUCCAUCCUCGGACCUCAUCACCUGGACGAGUUCAUCCGCGUGUGGGCAGAGUACGACCCCGCGGCGUGCGGGAGGAUACGCUAUCAGGAUAUGUACAAAUUGUUACGUUGUAUUUCGCCCCCUCUUGGUCUGGGGAAGAAGUGCCCCAACAGGGUGGCUUAUAAGCGCCUGGUGAGGAUGAACAUGCCCAUCGCCGACGACAACACGGUGCAGUUCACGUCCACGCUCAUGGCUCUGAUUCGCACGGCGCUGGAGAUCAAGCUGGCGUCUGGCGUCCUGGCUCAGCAUUUGUGCGACGCCGACCUGAAGAGGGAGCUAAAGAGGGUUUGGCCGAACCUGUCGCAGAAGACCAUCGACCUGCUGGUGACGCCACAUAAAUACAAUGAGCUGACAGUGGGGAAAGUCUACGCCGCUCACAUGAUCUUUGACUUCUACAAGCAGAAUCGAGCUAAGCGACUUCAGCAGCAGCAGCAGCAGCAGCACGCAGGAGGACUGCAGUGUAAACUGGGAUCGUUGUUCCGACCCGUGCUGCCCCUCACUCACAUACAGGAAGUGGAGCCGCCGACCUGCAGCCCCAAACAGCCCCUCUCACCCCAGCCCGCACCUGUCACUCAGCCAUUAGCGCCGCCCACUUCCACCACCACAGCCGUCACCUCGACGAACAAGGACUCAGUACUGAACCAGAGGAAUUCCAUCAGACAUUCCCAAUCCCAAUCCGGAGGAUUCUCGCCGGAAUCACAGAGGCCCAAAGCUCGGAGGAAACUGCAGCGUGGUCAGUCAGAGGACAUGCCGUACUCCACCAGACCUCAGGACGUGGUGCAGCUGAGACAGGUGGAGGUGGAGGACGUCUCAGACACAGAAGCGUACCCAGGUCUGGACGCUCACUACAGAGCGGCGUCUCUUCCUCGUCUCAACGCCGAGUAUUACCGGAUCUACCCUCGCCACGCCCCUGGGACCCACCUGGCACCGAUCGUCGACCUCAGUCCGAUAAAGCGCUCCGCGUCCUCGCUGACUCCCCUGCGCCACCACGAGGCCGCGCUGAGGGAGUACGACCUGGAGCGGCCCGGCCGCGCCCAGUCCCCGACGGGACCGGGACACGUUCUUCAGGGUCAGGACAGAACCCACCACCAUCACCACCACCACCGCUGCCACCGACGCAGGGACAAGGACAAGGACCGGAAGCAGAAGUGUGUGGACAGAGCGGCGUCAGUGCAGCCGUCCAGCACUGUCGAUUCGUUCACCGACCCCUCAGAUGAAGGUCUGUCCAGAGAGCGCCCGAGGGAGCGCGACCGCAGCCGGCCGCACGAGAGGAGACACCACUCGUCGGCCGGGGAGAAGCAGCGCUACUACUCGUGCGAGCGCUACGGCAGCAGGGAGCAGUGCCACGCCAGGUCAGCUGGUCCCAGCAGAUCCACGUCUCCUGGUGAAGGACAGGACUCUGGGUUCUUUAAACUGUAUGGCAUCAGCGUGGGUAGAACUGGCCCGGUCACCUCAGAUCUGAAUACUCCGGGUCGCAGUCGCAGGCAGCUGCCACAGACGCCCCUCACCCCUCGCCCCGCCGUCGCCUACAAGACCGCCAACUCCUCACCGCUCCUGUCCAGUGCUGGCACCACUGCGACGGGACACCAGACUCGCUUCAGCCGCGGCCUUUCAGAGCACGAGCGAUUACUCUGGGACCACGUGUCUCCGAUACCGGUCACCCGCAUCGGCUCGGACCCUAAUGUAAACCGGACAGAGGACACAGAGGACUUUCAGGACGCUGUGAGCAGCCACGGAGGAGGAGGAGGAGGAGGAGGAGGACGCUCUGCCAGAACCACUGCCUCAACCACAGCCGCAACUGCUGCUGCCGCACCCGUCACACAGGGCCGGGUGGUUCCCAACGGAUACCACUUCACCCUCAACUCUGUGUCCGGACAGGGCAGCAGAGGAGCAGGAAGUCUCAGGGAGAGGGACGAGGAGGACUGGUGCUAACUUUGGCUCAGAACAGAGAGACAGACAGACAGACAGACAGACGGGUUGUCGGUGUUGUACAGUGAAGCCGGAGAAGGAGAAGAGAACGUGCUGUAAACGGGGACCAGAAAUCAUUCCAGCUUUUUUGUCGAGCUACUCUUGUUUUUUUUAUACAACAAACUCUUGAAGGAAUAAAGACUCUGACGACUCUUUGUGUCCCCUUUACUUGCACUGAAACGAUAGCACAUGUGAAAAAAACCCUGAAGUAUUUUUGCCUUUGCCAGUAAAAUCAGUGUUGGAGCAGAAGACAAAAGCCAAAAGCCCUUCAUUCCUGGUGUGAAUACAACUGCUCACAACACUGUUUUUAUCCUUUUUAUUAUUAUUAUUAUUAUUAUUAUGACUUCUGUAUGCUUGAUUUAUAUUUAUGUUUUCCACGUUGUUUCUGACAAGAGUUAAAACGAUCAUGUUGAUGCUACCACCAAA